GCGGCGGUUUCGCCCGCGAGUCCAGAGGCAGGCGAGCGGCUCGGUCGCCCCCACCGGUCCCAUGGCAGCCCCCGGCGCCCCAGCUGAGUACGGCUACAUCCGGACCGUCCUGGGCCAGCAGAUCCUGGGACAACUGGACAGCUCCAGCCUGGCGCUGCCCUCCGAGGCCAAGCUGAAGCUGGCGGGGAGCAGCGGCCGCGGCGGCCAGACCGUCAAGAGCCUGCGGAUCCAGGAGCAGGUGCAGCAGACCCUCGCCCGGAAGGGCCGCAGCUCCGUGGGCAACGGAAAUCUUCACCGAACCAGCAGUGUUCCUGAGUAUGUCUACAACCUACACUUGGUUGAAAAUGAUUUUGUUGGAGGCCGUUCCCCUGUUCCUAAAACCUAUGACAUGCUAAAGGCUGGCACAUCUGCCACUUAUGAAGGUCGCUGGGGAAGAGGAGCAGCACAGUACAGCUCCCAGAAGUCCGUGGAAGAAAGAUCCUUGAGGCAUCCUCUGAGGAGACUGGAGAUUUCUCCUGACAGCAGCCCGGAGAGGGCUCACUACACGCACAGCGAUUACCAGUACAGCCAGAGAAGCCAGGCUGGGCACACCCUGCACCACCAAGAAAGCAGGCGGUCUGCCCUCCUAGUGCCACCGAGAUACGCUCGUUCCGAGAUCGUGGGGGUCAGCCGUGCUGGCACCACAAGCAGGCAGCGCCACUUUGACACAUACCACAGACAGUACCAGCAUGGCUCUGUUAGCGACAGCGUUUUCGACAGCGUCCCUGCCAACCCGGCCCUGCUCACGUACCCCAGGCCAGGGACCAGCCGCAGCAUGGGCAACCUCUUGGAGAAGGAGAACUACCUGACGGCAGGGCUCACCGUCGGCCAGGUCCGGCCGCUGGUGCCCCUGCAGCCUGUCACUCAGAACAGGGCUUCCAGGUCCUCCUGGCAUCAGAGCUCCUUCCACAGCACCCGCACGCUGAGGGAAGCUGGGCCCAGUGUCGCCGUGGAUUCCAGCGGGAGGAGAGCGCACUUGACCGUGGGCCAGGCAGCAGCAGGGGGAAGUGGGAAUCUGCUCACCGACAGAAGCACUUUCACUGACUCCCAGCUGGGGAAUGCAGACAUGGAGAUGACUCUGGAGCGAGCAGUGAGUAUGCUCGAGGCAGACCACAUGCCGCCGUCCAGGAUUUCUGCUGCAGCCACUUUCAUACAGCACGAGUGCUUCCAGAAAUCUGAAGCUCGGAAGAGGGUUAACCAGCUUCGUGGCAUCCCCAAGCUUCUGCAGCUCCUAAAAGUUCAGAAUGAAGACGUUCAGCGAGCUGUGUGUGGGGCCUUGAGAAACUUAGUAUUUGAAGACAAUCACAACAAAUUGGAGGUGGCUGAACUAAAUGGGGUACCUCGGCUGCUCCAGGUGCUGAAGCAAACCAGAGACUUGGAGACUAAAAAACAAAUAACAGACCAUACAGUCAAUUUAAGAAGUAGGAAUGGCUGGCCGGGCACAGUGGCUCAUGCCUGUAAUCCCAGCACUUUGGGAGGCCAAGGCGGGUGGAUCACGAGGUCAGGAGUUCGAGACCAGCCUGACCAACAUGGUUUGCUGUGGAAUUUGUCAUCUAAUGACAAACUAAAGAAUCUCAUGAUAACAGAAGCAUUGCUUACGCUGACGGAGAAUAUCAUCAUCCCGUUUUCUGGGUGGCCUGAAGGAGACUACCCAAAAGCAAAUGGUUUGCUCGAUUUUGACAUAUUCUACAACGUCACUGGAUGCCUAAGAAACAUGAGUUCUGCUGGCCCUGAUGGGAGAAAAGCGAUGAGAAGAUGUGACGGACUCAUUGACUCACUGGUCCAUUAUGUCAGAGGAACCAUUGCAGAUUACCAGCCAGAUGACAAGGCCACGGAGAAUUGUGUGUGCAUUCUUCAUAACCUCUCCUACCAGCUGGAGGCAGAGCUCCCGGAGAAAUAUUCCCAGAAUAUCUAUAUUCAAAACCGGAAUAUCCAGACUGACAAUAACAAAAGUAUUGGAUGUUUUGGCAAUCGAAGCCGGAAAGUAAAAGAGCAAUACCAGGACAUGCCAAUGCCGGAGGAAAAGAGCAACCCCAAGGGCGUGGAGUGGCUGUGGCACUCCAUCGUGAUAAGGAUGUAUCUGUCCUUGAUCGCCAAGAGUGUCCGCAACUGCACACAGGAAGCAUCCUUAGGAGCUCUGCAGAACCUCACAGCUGGAAGUGGACCAAUGCCGACAUCAGUGGCUCAGACAGUUGUCCAGAAGGAAAAUGGCCUGCAGCACGCCCGAAAGAUGCUGCAUGUCAGUGACCCAAGUGUGAAAAAGACAGCCAUCUCGCUGCUGAGGAAUCUGUCCCGGAAUCUUUCUCUGCAGAAUGAAAUUGCCAAAGAAACUCUCCCUGAUUUGGUUUCCAUCAUUCCUGACACAGUCCCAAGUACUGAUCUUCUCAUUGAAACUACAGCCUCUGCCUGUUACACAUUGAACAACGUAAUCCAGAACAGUUACCAGAAUGCACGGGACCUUCUAAACACCGGGGGCAUCCAGAAAAUUAUGGCCAUUAGUGCAGGCGAUGCCUAUGCCUCCAACAAAGCAAGUAAAGCUGCCUCCGUCCUCCUGUAUUCUCUGUGGGCACACACGGAACUGCAUCAUGCCUACAAGAAGGCUCAGUUUAAGAAGACAGAUUUUGUCAACAGCCGGACUGCCAAAGCCUACCACUCCCUUAAAGACUGAGGAAAAUGACAAAGUAUUCUCAGCUGCAGAAAUCCCCAUAGGAAAACACCUAUUUUUCUACUACCCAGCCCAAGAAACCUCAAAAGCAUGCCUUGUUUCUAUCUUUUUCUAUUUCCAUGGUCCCCUGAAUCCAGAAAACAAAUAGAACAUAAUUGUAUGAGUCUUCCAGAAGACUUUUGCAAGUUUGCCACCAGUAGAUACUGGCCACAGGCGCUACAAAUAGUAGUCUUUGAUAUUAGGGCUUAUGGUGCAUGGCCUCCUGGAACCAAAAUGUGAAUUCAUGUGGAAGGGACAUUAAUCCAAUAAAUAAAGAAAGAAGCUGUUGCAUUACUGGGAUUUUAAAAGUUUGAUUUACAUUUAUAUUCCUUUUCCGAUUCCCACGUUUUGUCACUCCUGUGCACAUUGCUUCGCCAUUGGGCCACCAGUGUAUUGUUCUGCAGUGUUGAAACAGAACGGAAAUGACAAGAAAUAUCUGCAGUUAUCCAGGAGAAAGUAUGAUGGCAAAAUUAUUGGUUUCUUUCUUUACUUUGUGCUUGUUUUUAUCCCCUCAGGUUUUUUUUCUCUGAUUUUUAAAUAAACUUAAGAAAUUUAGAUUACAGAGUAUGCAUGACUGUAAGAAAAAGAAAUUGAGAGGAAGUGAUCAUAGCAAAUUAAAGAAGUCUUUUCCUCCCAGAACUUAAAAUAAAAAAUAAAUAAAUAAAUAAAUAAAAUCUUUUCCACAGAGAAAGGCAACUAUGAUUAUAAAAUUUAACGUUCCCCCAGACACUGAGUGAAUGAGAUUUUUCUCAGGAAAUACUUCACCUAUAACAACGCCGUUAAAUCCAAAUCUCUUCUAAAACGAUGACAUUCUAUGUAAUGCCUUUCCUGGACUUUUUUGGCCACUGCCCUGGACUAGUGAAAGAAUGGACUCUAUCUUUAUCUGCAAGAGGAACUAAGGCCUUCUAUCAGAUUGCCGGGCCAGCCUGGGGCACUGAAAAUACAGCUCAUGUUAAUGAGUUACGUUAUCCACCAGCCCAGCCUUGCCCAGCAUUUAAGAAAUAUCACAGAGCCGCUAGAUCUCAUGUGAUCUUCUUCAAGCCAUUAUUUUAACUCAAGAAAACUCUAGAGAAAAAAAAGUGAAGAAGUCGUGUUGAAGAAGAUAUAAGAAUGUGUCAAGACCAUCCAGAAAUGAUAUGAGAAAUACUGAUAUUUUAAAUGGUGACAUCAUCCAGCGAAAUGAAUCUACAUUAAAUGUUGUUUUAACUGCGCUAUGAUUAAAACCAUUCAUAUAGAGUUAGUCUUUACAACUACUAUUCUGUUGUUGUUGUUGUUUUUUAAUCUGACAACAUUUGUCCUAAGUAAGAUAAGCAAAAAAAUUAUUCAACUCCUUUUGGCAAGACAAGUGUAAUAGAAAAUAAAUUUUGAAUGUGUACUUAAGUCUUUAUUAUAUUUGAAACAAUUUUUUUUGAAUUUUAAAAGCUGAAUGAAGACAAGCUUACUAACCUAGUUCAAAAUGAAAUUAUUUAGAUAUCAAUUUUUAAAAUACUGGAGAGAAUUUAUAUAUCUUUUUCCAGAGUUAUGAUAAGCAUUUGGAGUGCAUUUAUUCCUCCAGAUAAUAAAUGUGUGUUCAGAACUUUUUGUGUUUUUUAAGGCACUAAUAAAGCCUUCGAUAAUAUUAAAUACAAAAUGAGACAAAA